UAAAAAAAAAAGAAUUGACAAAUGGGACCUCAUAAAACUACAAAGUCUGUAAGGCAAAGGACAUUGUCAAAAGGGCAGCCGACAAAUUGGGAAAGAUCUUUACCAACACUACAUCCGACAGAGGGUUUAUAUCUAAGAUAUACAAAGAAUUCAAGAAGGUAGACUCCAGAGAGCCAAAUAUUUCCCUUAAAAAAUGGGGUACAGAGCUAAACAAAGUUAAUUUCUGUGUGCAUGAAAGGGGAGGUGUGGGGGCCAUGCAUGUGGUGGUUAGAGGGCAUUUUGUGGAGUCAGAUGAUGUCUCUUCCCUUUAAGUGGUUUCUAGGUUACAGGGCCCCGCACCUCAGACAGCUUUAUCUGCUGAGCCCUUGCAGUCUUACAGACAGAAACUUAAGUCUGUACUGAAGCCUCUUACCAUUUGUUUGCCAAGAGAAAAUAAUAGAAGCUUUGUUUAUCUUUUGGAGACGGGGUCUCCAUAUGUCGUUCUGGCUGUCCUAGAAUGCACUAUGUAGAUCAGGCUGGCCUCAAAUUCCCUAUGUAACCAAUGAUAGCUGUAAAACAUCUAGUCCUCCUGCCUCUGCCAAGUACUGAGAUUACAGGCGUGUACAGGCACACUUGGUUUGUACAGUGUUAAAAGACCAAAGCUAAAGUUGAGUCAGGCUAAGCAAGUACCACCAACUGUACUGCAUCCCCAGGCUCCAGUCCUCCAUAUUUUUUCCUUUGUUAAAUUUGCAAUAUUUCCACAUACUCUCAUUUUUAAACCAUCAUGUUUUCCAUGAAGAUGUACACACACAGCAAGGAGCUCUGACCUGCAUACUCUUAGCUGCUGAGGGUUGCUGUGGCGUUAACGACGAUUGUUACAUCAAUGGCAGGCGUUUCAUCAGAAUUAGACUGUGGGAGGUUCUAGGUGAGAAUUCUGUCAUUCUGCCAGUGAUGGCUUCAGAAAAAGAUGUGGGUCCUGCCUUGCCCAAACUUGACAACAACCAACCAGCAGAGAACACAUCCAAACCUGUUGAAAAGCAGCCUCAACAGCUCAGGUGUGACGAUAUUCACUUGCCUCGGUUCUCACUAAAGCAAGGGAUGAUCCCGACACGUUACGUUAUGCCUUGGAAAGAAAACAUGAAAUUCAGGAAUGUGAAUCUAAAGCAAGCAGAAGCCUGUGGGAUCUACGCUGGCCCCUUGGAAGAUUCUCUGUUCUGGGGUUACAGUGAGCGGCUUUGCCAUGGAGAAGAUCGGAAAACUGUCCUGAAGAAAGGCCCGCCAGAGAUAAAGAUUGCAGACAUGCCUUUGCAUUCGCCUCUCUCCAGAUACCAGAGCACGGUGAUCUCCCAUGGCUUCCGGAGGCGACUCAUCUGA